ACCAUGCACAUGCACUGUAUGCAUACGAAAUUAUUUUGAUAUUAUAGGCAGCACUGGUUAACGCUAGCAAGAAGAAGCGAACGCUCUAGCUCAGUUUGCCACAAUCACAAUUUCAUUCUUUAGUUUUUUGGUUUUUCGUUUAAUACAAAACAAAUGCAAGCAAGUGCAAAAGCAAAGCAAGCAACAAUACAUCCCGCAUAAAUUUUACGUCAAUUAUAGGUCUGCGCACAAUAACAUAAGACUUUCAGUUAUUCACCGAUUGCGGUACUCACCACAACAAAAACAACUGAUGUUCGAGCUACGUACACACAAUUAAUAUACAAAAAUAGAUACGUAGAUACGUGGUUAAAGGAACAGCUACCAAACUGAAACCGAAUUUGCAUCCGUAACCAAUUCUUCCAAGGCAGCAGCUGUGCAUACAAAGACACACACCCGCACACAGCUCAACGACACCCUCACUGUAUAUAUCUAUUUAUAUAUAUACAAUAUAUAUAUAAAACCACCGAUUGUGCACAAAUGGAUUUAUCAGCAUCAACUUCAAGCGACUCGACAAUGGGAACACCGGAACAAAAGAGCAAAUCGUUUAUUGGAGAUAGUACGUUCUAUGCCAGCGCUGUGGAGCAUCAGUUAUCACCAACAGAAAACUACAGAUCCUGCAAUGAAAGCAUAAAUGGAGAUAUCAAUCAAAGUGCUGGAUACGCAAAUUUGGCCCACAAAGUGUUAAACAUUGAGAACUACGAUGCCCACAACGGAAAUGGAAAUUUAGAGGAUAUGGCUGCUUUUAACAUCUAUGGUAUGCCCGCUUCCGUCUCCCAUACAUCAAAUACUGCAGCAAUUAAUGCCAGCAUGUUGUUGCUGCAAUCCGAGAGCACCGAUACGAAUACCUCACAGGAGGAGGUCGAUCCAAAGUCUCAGCUGGCCAAUAAGACAAUAUUUAAGACCGAUAAUCCCAAUUUGUCAAUUAUAGAAAUAAAUGAGAAUUCUAUUAAAGAGGAGGAUCUUGAGAAAGAGGUGGUACUAAUUGAGCAGCUCUCCACCGACGAUAAUAAUGAGGCUGUUGAAAAGGUUAAAAAUAUACUUAAGAAGUCGCCCAGCAAAGUUGCCGACAAUGCAUCCGAGAAGCGACGCCGCAAAGCCGACACCCUGCUGCAGUCCAGCAAACAAAAAUUGGACAUAUCAAUAGCUGAGGCAUCUGCAGCAGCAGAUGGGGUCAGCGAACGGCAGCUGCAGUUAGCUGAGCCGGCUGCAGCCAUCAUCGAUCAACCGCAAACUAAACGUGAAAUUAUGAUCUAUGAUACUUUGGAGGAAUUCGAUCAAAACUUACCGUCGACAGUGACCCUAUUGAACACGCCGUUCGGCAGCAAGGUCUACUUGGUAGGCACGGCACACUUUAGCGAGGAAUCCCAGGAUGACGUCUCUUAUGUCAUUCGUAAUGUCCGUCCAGAUGUGGUUAUGGUGGAGCUAUGUCCAUCCCGUGUACACAUACUGAAACUCGAUGAGAAGACGCUGCUAGAGGAGGCCAAGAAUAUCAAUAUUCCCAAGAUUCGCGGCAUACUUCAGACUCAUGGCUAUAUUAAUGGCAUCUUCUUUAUUCUGCUGCUGCAGAUGAGUGCACAAAUUGCCAAGGAUUUGGGUAUGGCACCGGGCGGGGAGUUUCGUCGCGCCUUCGAGGAGAUACACAAGCUGCCUGGCUGCAUUCUACAUUUAGGCGAUCGACCUAUACGCAUCACACUUUAUCGUGCUCUGCGCGCUCUGUCGUUGUGGCAGACCAUGAAGCUGGUAUGGCGCCUGACCUUCACGGACAGCAUCAGCAUCGAGGAGGUGGAGGAGUGCAAGAAGCAAGAUCUACUUGAGAAACUUAUGCAGGAAAUGGCUGGCGAGUUUCCAGCCUUCUCGGAUGUAUUUGUACGUGAACGUGAUCUGUAUCUGUGCCACUCAUUACAAUUGGCCGCACUGCCACAAGCGGCCCCCGGCGCCCAUCAGGUGCGUCCCGUCCGAGUCGUUGGCGUUGUGGGCAUUGGACAUGCCAAUGGUAUUGCAAAGAUGUGGGGUCAAGUGGAUCCCGAAAAGAUACCAGCCAUACUCGAAAUACCACAAGCCAGCCUCAGUCAGCGGCUCUGCAAGAAUACAUUCAAGUAUGGACUCAUCGGACUGGGCGCCUAUGGCGCUUUUCGUUUUUUGCGGCCGCGUCUUACGCGUUUCUUUUAAUUUUCAUUGAGAUGCAUGCUUUUCUAUAUAUCUUUGUUGAAUUUAUUUUCGUUAUUAAGUGAAAAGAAGCCCGGCAGCACUUGAAAUGGGCACUGACAACAUAAUAAGUAUUGCGAGUACUUGAUGCUUU